AUGGCCCUCAACCCUUCGGAGCAAGAGGUCUCCACAUCGUUCGACACGACGCGAGGCGUUUUCGACCAACUCUGCGGUGAAACAUCAGCGAAACGUGUGCGGCGUGACGGGCACCUCAAGAUCAUGACGCUUGUCCGUCUACCCCGCCAACUCGAGCCUUCCAAGACGCCUCGAGUCUUCAAAAAGUGCAAUCGCUCGGAGCAGCGAACAGGCAGCUAG